UGCACAUCUCAAAUAUACUGAAAAAAAUAAAAUUCCUGCACAAAAUUUUUUAUGCUAGUGAUGAUUUUACGGAAUAACUUAACAACCCCCUAAGAAACACCUAAAAAUAUUAUAUAUGGUUGGUAAAAAGAAACGAUCUGGUCUUCUUAGGAGACCGAAAUCGAUUACAGGAAAUCAUACAGUUCCCAAAAGUAUUAAACCACAAAAUGCAAGACAACUCAUACGACGUUUCCAUGUAUUGGAGAAAAAUAAAUUCAGUAUAAUAGAUAAGAUCAAAAGAAUCAAUAAUAUCCCUAAUUUAACUACAGAGAACUAUAGAGAAAUACUAUCCAAAACCAAAUUAUUCAAAGAUUCUUAUGAUAAAAGUUUUGAGGAACACAAGAAUACUCUUACUAAGAAAUCUUUUGAAUUAAUAACAAUUGAUGAUUCGUUGACUGAGAGUGAACUUUAUCAAAAGCUAGCAAGCAUUGAUGCAGAAGUAGAAAUAAGAGGAGGUUUGAAAGCAUAUCAAUUAGCUUCCACUCAAGGACAGAAUGGAAAAAGAGGUGGCGAUUCUUCAAAAAGAUUGGUAGAAUGGCUUAAGGAAUCUUUAUAUUCUCACAAGUUGGAAAACGCAACUGCAUUGGAGAUAGGUUGUUUGAGUCCAGAUAAUGCAAUAUCUACAAGCGGACUCUUUACUGAGGUUUCUAGAAUAGAUUUAAAUUCACAACAUCACCUAAUUUUACAACAAGACUUUAUGGAACGCCCAUUACCAACUGAUAGUAGUGAAAAGUUUAAUUUAAUCUCUUGUUCUCUUGUGGUUAAUUUUGUACCGGAUUCCAGACUUCGGGGAGAAAUGCUAUUACGAAUAACCAAAUUUUUAAAGAAGCCAACAAAUUCCAGCAUAAGUUCAUUAUUCUUUGUAUUACCUUUACCCUGUGUAACAAGUUCUAGAUACUUUGAUAAAGAUCUGUUAAACAAAAUAAUGAAGCAUCUUGGAUUUACCGAGGUUCAUUAUUAUGAAGCAAAAAAGGUCGCAUAUUGGUUAUAUGACUGGAGUGGUGAAGUAAGCAAUUUGAAUAACCAUUUCAAAAAGCAAGAAAUACAUGCGGGUCCAAAUAAAAAUAAUUUUUGUAUUACAUUAUAA